GGACGGCCUAGCUCUUCGCGUUCGUUGUGCAUCCUGGGAUAUGUAGUCUCAUUUCUCCUUGAAAUCCAUUUCAGGAGAGCUGCGGAUUCUGAGAGGUUUGCAGAGUAUUUCCUGGCCCGUCCGAGAGAGAGAGGUAGCAGCCAGACACGCUAUGGGCAUUAAAACCAUUUGGAAGAACUACAAAGUUUUGAUUGUUAUGGGACCUAGCCUUGUGUUGAUACACUGGGGCUGGUAUAACAUCAAAUCCAAUCCUAUGUUCCAGCCAAAGAUUGAGGACACUGUCCCUGAGCCUGGCAUUGUGACAUACGUACUGCAACAGGACAGCAAAAGUAAAGGAAAAUAA